AUGAAGAGGAAAUUGAUAUGGCUCUUUUUUCAGUUAACGCCAGAUCAACUCAAAUUUUUAGAAAUCGUGGGUGACUCAGUAGAAUCUGCUAUUAUGAAUGUGUACGUUGUUCCAAGAAAAUCGGGUAUAGUUGAAGAAAAUGUAACAGAUUUCUGUUGUGAAAACGUGCAGCCAAUCACCUGCAGAAUGUUGAAUCCGUCAAUGGCUACCCAGGUCCAAGUGUUUAAGCCGAAAAUCAACCCUAUCCAAGUAAGUUAA